CCCGGCCCGCGCCGCGCUUUGCAAGUUGCAAAGCUUCUUCAGCAGCGGCCGGCGGCGACGGCGGUGGCCGUGGCCCGGACGCCUGGAGGCUCCCUGGUGGUGCUGGGCCAGCCCGUGCUGCCCGGAGUGCGUGGGUGUGGAUCUCAGUGGCUGCGCUUUUUCCAAGUUGCUUACCUCGUUCUGCGGCGGCCGGGACGCCUGGAGGCUCCCUGGUGCUGCCCGGAGUGCACCGGCGUGGGGCCUUCGCCCUGCGCUUUCCAAGUUGCAAAGCUCGUUCUGCAGCGGCCUGGACGCCUGGAGCCUCCCUGGUGCUGUCCGGAGUGCAUGGCCGCGGACUUCAGAGGCUGUAGGGACGGAGUGAAUGGCCGCGGACCUCAGAGGCUGCAGGGGCUGAGCGUCCCGCACCAUGGAGGGCGCCGAGCCCCGCGCGCGGCAGGAGCGCCCAGGCGAAGCCCACGGUGCCCGCCUAGUGGAGGUACGGCUGAGCGGAGGCGCCCCUUGGGGCUUCACCCUGAAGGGCGGUCGCGAGCACGGUGAGCCUCUGAUCAUCACUAAGAUUGAAGAAGGGAGCAAAGCCGCAGCCGCAGACAAGCUAUUAGCUGGAGAUGAGAUCGUGGCUAUCAAUGACGUGAAUCUCUCAGGGUUCAGACAAGAAGCCAUCUGCCUGGUAAAAGGCUCCCAUAAGACCCUGAAGCUCGUGGUCAAAAGGAAGAGCGAUCCGAGUUGGAGGCCUCACUCCUGGCAUGCCACCAAGGUCUCUGAUACCUACCCAGAGCCAGCAGCCUCACUGUUUCUGAGCACCAGUGGGUCCCCUUCCUGGAAGAGCCAGCACCAGGCUAGUUCUUCCUCCCACGAUUUGUCCAGCUCAUGGGAGCACACAGGCCUACAGUGCACUGCUGAGCACUUCAGCUCUGUGGGCAGCUUAGACAGCCUGGACCGCAGCUCCCAGCUCUCCCCAUCUGGACACUUGGGUGGCCACGGCAAGCGAGAUUCUGCUUACGGUUCCUUUUCUACCUGUCCCGGCACCCCUGACCACACCUUGCCCAGGGCUGAUGCCUCUUCCACUGAGAACAUUCUCUACAAAGUUGGCCUCUGGGAGGCCUCCAGGCCAGGCAGCAGCCGACAGAGCCAGCCUGCAAGUGAUCCUCAGGGAUUACAGGACAGGCCUCCAUGUUCCACACUCAGGGUUUUUAGUAACAGCAGGAAAAGCCCAAGGCCAGAGGAUAAUGUUGAGCCGAAAACAACCACUUCUGGAAGAUCAAAUUUUGGGCCUGUUUGGUAUGUUCCUGACAAGAAAAAAGCCCCUUCUCCUCCCCCAUUUGCAGCUCCUUUGCUCAGUGAUGGCUUUGCUGUGGCAGCUGGAGGCCGUGAAAAGACACGGGACCCUCCAUUUUCAGACUUUGCCACCCAACCCCGAGGGGCCCAUAGACUGGAAAUGACUGAUGGACAGUGUCGGCUGGCACACCCAAGCAGUGGCAAAGAAACAGGAAGCUUGGGUUACCAGCAAGAAGGCCACCUGGAUUACCAUUGGUUAUCCUCAGAUGAUAGAGUGGGUGGAUCCUCAGGGGUCCCGGGCAGGCACCACUUGUCCUUGUCCAACACAGAUGUCCACUUCCUGACGUCUUACCGUGGGAGCCAGCAGAGACGGCAGUGCACCGAUGAGAGCCCAAGGGUCCCCUCAUCAAUGGGGGAGCCGCCUCAGAGGACUCCUGGUGGGGGUUUGCAGGAGCCUCCUGAACCCUCCCGGAAUGAUGCGCAGGUGAGAUGGUCUGGUUCUGCCAACCAGAAGCUGGAUGAUAGAGGGCGUGGCCAUUAUUUCUGUGCACCCCCCAGGCAGCCUGUGCAGGUGUGUGCCCAGGUUGUGACACCCCGAGGUGACUUUGGGCAUUCAGACACACGUUCUGUGGACCUUGACAAUCCUCUCUUGCCCUCGAUGGGCCAGAGGUGCUAUCUACAAGAGCCUGAGGAGAUACUGGCCUCUCACGAAAGAGAGGGAUAUCAUCCACGGGAUGCAGGGAUUGAAGGUUCCUGCUCAGGGGUCCAAGAGCCUCUUCAAGCCAGCCACACUGUGAAAGCCAGGUCGCAGUGUCCUGAUGGUGACCUCAAGUCGGUGGAUGGAGAACGUGGGAGGAUUUCUCGUGAAAGGACACCCAUGCUGCACUCUCUGACCCAAGGUGGGGCAUGGAGACCCGAGAAGCCACCGCCGCUUGACGCCCAGGUGGGUAGACCCAUGCGAAGGAGUGACCGUUUUGCCACGACACUGAGGAAUGAGAUCCAGAUGCGCAGAGCGAAGCUACAGAACAGCAAAAGCACUGUGACACUUGCUGAUGACUGGAGAGCUGAUACGGGGGCUGUCCCGGAAGGUUCCUUCCCCAGCACCUAUAAAGAGCACCUGAAAGAGGCCCAGACACGUGUCCUGAGGGCCACCUCCUUCCACCGCCGAGAUUUAGGCCCCACCCCAGCAGAUCAGUAUCUGGGACAAGCAGAACACAGGACUUGUGACCGUACUGCCUCAUCUUCUUUAUCUUCCCCUGGGGAGCCAGACUCUGUCCCCAGCCUCUGGGAAGCAGGUCUGGCCAAGCCACCAUCUUCUGGUGGUGGUGUGCCCCAUCUUCUUCGAAUCGGAGGCCGGAAACGGUUCACAGCGGAGCAGAAGCUGAAGUCCUAUUCUGAGCCAGAGAAAAUGAACGAGGUGGGUCUGUCAGGGGACCACAGUCCGCAUCCUAACGUCAGGACACCUGAGGAUACUGUGGGGACAUUUGCUGACAGGUGGAAGUUUUUUGAGGAAACAAGCAAAUCUCUUCUCCAGAGGCCAAGCCACAGGCAAGCUCUCUGUGGGCUUUCAAGAGGCAAGGCUGAGAGGCCACAGACAGGGGGCCGUGAAUGUGAGGGUACAGAGUCCUGGUUCCAGAAGAGGUCACGGGCCACCUCCUGUGGAGAGAUCCUCAGUGAUGAUGGACAAGGAGAAAAAGCUUCUGAGACAUUGAACCCACCCAGAAGGCUUGGAACCUUUGCAGAAUAUCAGGCGUCUUGGAAGGAAGCCAGGGGUUCCGGGAGGUGUCAUUCAGCAGAUGACAUUCUGGAUGCCGGUCUAGACCAGCAGCAGAGGGCACAGUACAUCCAUGAACGGUCCCGGUCGUCACCGCCCACUGAUCGCUACUCACAGGAAGUGCCUGUUGAGCCAGACAGGCAGCCAGAGGACUCUGGCGGGCACAAAGGAGUACCACAAUGUACACUGCAGGCUGACGAGGGACGUUCUGCUCCAAGCUCCUCUGUGAUCAGCAGUGCCCAACCACAAGACAGCCAGCAUGUGAAUGAGGAGAGAGCUUUCUCCGAACCAGAAGUCCAGCUCUCUUCUAAGCGUCAACAUCGACAGACAUCAGCCAUGGAAACCUCUCGCUCCCCUUCACCCCAGUUUGCCCCACAGAAGUUGACAGACAAGCCUCCCCUGCUUAUCCAUGAAGACAACUCAGCAAGAAUCGAGCGGGUGAUGGACAACAACACCACAGUGAAAAUGGUGCCCAUAAAAAUCGUGCACUCCGAAAGCCAGCCCGAAAAGGAGAGCCGCCAGAGUCUUGCGUGCCCAGCCGAGCUGCCCCCACUGCCCAGUGGGCUGGAGAGGGACCAGAUCAAGACGUUGAGGACAUCAGAGCAGUGUUACUCCCGCUUCUGUGUGUACACACGACAGGAGGUGGAAGCCCCUCAUAGAGCCCGCCCCCCAGAGCCCCAGCCACCCAGCACUCCAGUGCCUCCUGUCAGAGAUAGCUGUUCCUCCCCUCCCUCACUUAACUACGGGAAGGCCAAGGAGAAGACCGUGGAUGACUUGAAGUCUGAAGAAUUAGCCAGGGAGAUUGUGGGAAAAGACAAGUCCUUGGCUGACAUCCUGGACCCUAGCGUGAAGAUCAAGACCACCAUGGAUCUGAUGGAAGGGAUUUUCCCCAAAGACGAAUCCCUCCUGGAGGAAGCUCAGCAGCGGAGGAAGCUGCUUCCCAAAGUCCCCUCACCCAGAGUCACAGAGGACCAGAAACAGGACACAGGCGUGCCAGGGGUCGUGUCCUUGGCCACCAAUUCUACCUAUUACAGCACAUCGGCCCCCAAGGCAGAACUUCUUAUCAAGAUGAAGGACUUACAGGAACCUGAGGAGUAUUCAGGGGGUGACUUGGACCACGACCUGUCAGUUAAGAAGCAAGAGCUCAUCGACAGCAUCGGCCGCAAGCUGCGGGUACUGCGGGAAGCCCGAGAGAGCCUGCUGGAAGACAUCCAAGCCAACAAUGCCCUGGGAGAAGAGGUGGAAGCCAUUGUGAAAGACGUCUGCAAACCCAAUGAGUUUGACAAGUUCCGGAUGUUUAUUGGGGACCUAGACAAAGUGGUGAACCUCCUGCUGUCACUGUCAGGCCGCUUGGCCCGUGUGGAAAAUGCCCUCAAUAAUCUGGACGACAGUCCUUCUCCUGGAGAUCGGCAGUCACUGUUGGAGAAACAGAGGAUCCUAACCCAGCAGCAUGAGGAUGCCAAGGAGCUUAAAGAGAACCUGGACCGUCGUGAGCGCAUUGUGUUUGAUAUCCUGGCCAACUACCUCAGUGAGGAGAACCUGGCUGACUAUGAACACUUCGUGAAGAUGAAGUCAGCCCUCAUCAUUGAGCAACGAGAGCUGGAAGAUAAAAUCCACCUGGGUGAAGAGCAGCUCAAGUGCUUGUUUGAUAGCCUACAGCCUGAGAGAAGCAAGUAAGAGACCUGUCCCUGCAGAAGUUGGACACUGAGCCUUGGAAAUUAAUGCCUGGGAAUACAAGAGUGAAUCCAAGCCUAUUUGCCCAUCUCUGGAGACACACUCUGGAGCCACAAGACUAGUAAAAAAGCAAUAAUGUCCUAUUAGUAUGUGAUGAUUGAUUUAUGUUUUUCAUUUCUAUUGGUUUGUUGAGCAGAGUUUCAUAUUACAUGUGACUUCACAGAAUGCCAGCCUUUACUGGUCAGCAGAGACCCCUAGAAUUUCCAAUGGCUGGGCCCACAAUACAUGCAAGCACUCCUUUGCAGCACUGACACCAUUGUUCCUCCCUUGUGUAGAUGCCAAAUACAUCCCUAUGGUACAUGAGAGGAAAGACCCUUGUGAUUUAGCCAGGCCUCGGCUGCUGUGUGUUCUGUUUUUCAUUUAAUAAUGUGAGCAUUCAUUGGUUUAUCAUCGUGACGUUCUCUGAUCCAGUAAAAAUCAGUGAUGAUGAUAAUUUAUUGAUAUGUGGGAAACAUGAACAGUUUUCUAGUGAUUAAAAACCAACUAUGAAAUGAACAACCUACAUAUUGGAUACAUUCAUUCCAAGAAUAAAAUCAUCACAUAGCUUUGUAUGCACGCUUUGAAAUACCCAAACAAACAGAAGCUAAGUGUCCUUCUUGUCACAUCUUAAAUAAUUUCUAACCAAGUGACAUUAUUUGGUUAAAAGUGUGUCUACCUGUAAUGUUAUUGCUUGUUCUUUAUUUUCUGAGACCAAUGGAAUAUUUUGAAGUUUUCUCCCCCAAAACACUACUUUGUGUAUGCAAUCCUUAAUGAUAAUUGGUGGUUUGUCUCUUUUUACAUUUCUGUCUGUUACCAUGAGCCACAGACCAUGUACCUUAAGACUUAAGAUUCCGUCUUCUAGUUUGUCAGAGGUCCUAUGGAGUGAUUAGUACUUACAUUUGAAAUCAAGUUUCAAGAUUCCUUGUCCUUACCAGUUGAAAUGGAAAGAUGGAUAAAUGGAGUGUUACUCAUUAAAGCAACACUGUCAUUCUAUUGGUUUCCAGUUAACAGGACAGGGAUUAGGAAAAAGUAUUUGUAAAUCGUGUCUGAUUUGUUACUCAUUUUAUUUUUAUUAUUAUUUGUUUUAGAAGAGUCUCACAUAACCUGGAUUGGCCUCAGUCUCCCUAUGUAGUCCUGAUGACCUUGAACUACUGAUCCUCCUGCCUCCACUUCCUGAGUUCUGAGUUUACUAGCAUACCCCCACUUCCAUGGCUUUAUACAUCUGAUAAAAGAUUUAUAUAAAGAAUUCCCAAUACCCAAUAGUAGAAAACAAACCAUUUGGAAAAAGUGGGCAAAAGACUUGACUAGACACUUCACCAAAGAGAAUGUAUGUAUGGCAGAUAAACACAUGAAAAAUGUUCAGGCACCAAUGGCGUGUAUAACUUGCGUUAAAUGUGUGUAGGUUUGGUGUAGUUCAAGAGAUGUUUAUGUAACUAAGUGCAUGGUGAAAGAUGAGCAAGUCCCUCUAGUGACUUGAUGUUUAGGCAUCACUAGUCUUUGUUCUAUCAAGGGAUUAUUUAAUUCUUGUUUUCCCUUGAGAUUGCAGCAGAUGCAAAGAUUUCCCUCUUGCCAAUAACCACACCCUUUCCAGAAUACACAUGCACACUUAGAUCCAUGUGUAUAUGCAUGAGCUCACACUCCCAUACACAGUUGUCUUAAAGGACCAGAAUCCAUGCUUCCUGAGCCAGAAGAGCAGAGGUUGACACUGUACAAUUGAGUCAAGGUAGGCAAGCUUCUGUACUGCAGAGCACAGAUGGUCUUGUUGACAAUCUAUCACUCGUCGGCUGGAAGAAAACCUUUGCAAAUGCAUUGAAUCCUAUUAAAGUUACUUCUAGCUUUUGAAGUCCCUGAUUUGUCACUGCAGCAUCCUCUUUCCACUUGGUCAUUCCUUGCUGUGAAUGUGGGUCAUGUCAGAAAAUGUAAUGCUGACUGUCCACAUACUUUUCAAGGAAUUGCAGACUGUUUUGCUUUUAAUUUACACCAGGCUAUUUACCUGUGGUUCUUUAUCCCCAAAUACAGUGUUGUGAAAAUUUGAUAUGUGUGUAAACUGUGAAUAGUGGAAUUUUGUUUGUCUGUAACCUGGCUUUUCGUGUUGUUCCAAGAUUGUCUGCUAUGGAAAACAAUAUGUAGUGCUCUAGCAUGCUUGUACUAAAAUAUAUAGCAGUUAUGACAUUCUUGACCAUUCCCUGCUUGCCUCUUCCAUGUCUGAAUAGCAGGGAUCUAGGAAUUCCAGAGAGUUCAUGUACAUAUGUCUGUGACUAUUGAUACUAUUGCAUAAGAAACAAUCUGGUGCUAAUGGUUUGUCCUUGGCAUGCAUAGGCGUGGGUACAGUUGUGGAACUCUCUGUAUACACACUGAUCUUGCUUGUGGUCGGUUUUUGUGGCUUUACCCUGAACUCUGCCCUGGAAAAAAAAUGCACAUUUGUGCUUGAUGCUUACCACUUGUCAACCGAUCCUCUUGCUUGACUUUAACAAAUAAAUAAUUUCUCUUCAAAUGAAA